AUGACCGGAAUAUCGAACGCCCAGAAGGCCCAGCUACAUGAAGUUGCACAAUUGAUGCUGGAGAUUUACCAGACUCUUGCACAGAUGCGGUACCUUGAUCCUAAGACGAUUCAAACUGGGCCUCACGACAUCUCCAAAAUGCGCCCGGUGUACGAGAAACAUGGGCUGGACCCGGCUAUCAUCUACCUCUAUAGCAUCCUCCCCUAUGUGGACUCAAAGAUCACAAACACGAACUUUUUUGAUGGCGGUUUCAUUGACUUUCGUGGCGAAACCUGCGUUGAAGACGGCCGUGGUCCGUUAUGCCACGGGCACUCGGAAGAGGAUGUUGAGAACGGAGACGGACCAUACAUGCGUCCAUGGAUGACGGCAUUAUCGCAGAUGGGAGAGCACACAAGUGUUAUCAUAUAUGAUGCACGGAAGCACCGCAUCUGGAUCCCUGAUCCUGUGUACGAUUGCAGCCGCGACCCGGCGCUAUAUGAUGUGCCGAACCAAACGCCCGAGAGCGAGAACGGGAAUAACUUUGAGCACCUUCCUAGCCGACCUGCGGGAGAUGUAUUGCGGGAUAUCGCCCGAUGGUAUCGCGAACUCGAGGUGCUACCAGGUGGAGGCGAAGAUAGCUGCAUUGAGUAUGAGUGGGACGCUGGAAGACUGGAUGUGAAAGGGCUGUAUCAAAUGCACGGAUGGCCGGACAACUUCGAUGGCGAUGCAUUUCAGGUGGAUCAACUAAGGGCUUUAGGUCUUGCCAGUGUCCGAAAGGACAAAAACCAAAUAUUACUACAAUUGAAAAGGUGUAUGAUAUCAGUGGAAGAGAGUGGUCGCAGAAUCGCAAGGUUGCAAAUGUCACAUGCUGCAGCGAAGAACAAGGACGAAGAGUGGGUGUUCCGGAUGGUGCUUUGGAAGGCAGAAAGGUCUUUUUGCAAAAACAACGAAGAUCUCCUGGAGGAGGAGCGCAAAGUAGUCGCCCUGGAAUACCGUCAGGCCAAGGAAAAGCUUAGGUCAGCGCAAUGCAGAGUGAGGGGCGCUGGGAAAUGGUUGGAAGAAAAAUCUAAGGACGCCGAUGCCUACACUGUUAAGAUAGUACAAGAUCGCCUUCGCGGAUACGAGCAGAAGGCAGCACUCUACGAAAAGGUCAAGAAGGCGAUCGAGGCAGACAAAGGCCAAUUAGGCAACUUGGGCGAUAAAACAGGGUUCGCCAAGGAGAAAGAGGCCUCUAUAUGGAAAGAUGUGGUCCUACAUUUCCAAGGGGAGCUCGAUGCGCUACGGGAAUGGGCUGCUCAAAUUCCCGCUGAUGCCGAGCACGCCAAACAGAAGGCUAACGAGCAAAUCCAAGACUAUGAACAGUCGAUCGCGGCAAAGACAGCUACUACAUGGCUGAACAACCCGGGGUUAUUUGAAUAA